AUGCGAUUCUGUGCAGUGUUCUCACUAACAACCCGUCUUCUUCUGCUCCUCUGCACAAGUCUAUAAAGUGCAACGCUAAAAGAGCUUCCCUUCCAUUUUAGAAAAAGGAAAAACAGAGCAGCCAAAUUUAGGCAUGGAGGAGAAGAUGGAGUUGCCUGCAGGGUUCCGGUUCCAUCCAACAGACGAAGAGCUCAUAACCCACUACUUAUCCCCCAAAGUUAGGAACGAUUCCUUCUGUGCUAUUGCGAUUGGUGAAGUCGACUUGAACAAGUGCGAGCCUUGGGAUUUGCCUUGGAGAGCUAAAAUGGGUGAGAAAGAAUGGUACUUUUUCUGCGUUCGGGACAGAAAGUACCCAACUGGGUUGAGGACAAACCGAGCUACUGAAGCUGGGUACUGGAAAGCAACGGGGAAAGACAAAGAGAUUUACAGAGCUAAAGUACUUGUGGGGAUGAAGAAGACAUUGGUUUUCUACAAGGGGAGAGCUCCAAAGGGUGUAAAAACAAAUUGGGUUAUGCACGAGUACAGACUCGAAGGAAGAUUGUCAGCUUACAAUCUUCCCAAAACUGCCAAGCAGAACGAGUGGGUGAUCUGUAGGGUCUUCCACAAGAGUGAUGGAGGCAAGAAGGUACACAUUUCUGGGCUGGUAAGAAUGACCUCCAACAGGGAAGAAAAGAGGCCAUCGGAGUUACCUCCGCCGAUGGAUUCUUCUUGUUCUUCUUCUCGUGACGAGACCAGGAAUUCUACGUACAAUACCCACGUGCCCUGCUUCUCCAACCCAACGCAAGAUCCUAGUACCCAACAAGAUUUGGCCUAUGGUUCCGACGCUACUACUCAGUUUUCAAAAUCCUCGGUUCCAAUGAUAUCCUCAAUCUCUCCAAUGGGGACGUCAAAUUUCCAUUACCAAGACUCUCUGUUGAUGCCCGAACAGUCACUUUUGAGGAUGCUGGUGGAAAACAAUGGAUGGCAGACGCCGGAAAGCUUGAAACCAGAGGAGAUUUCUGCUGAAACCGGACAUAAUAGUGAUAUGUCUUCAACCCAUGAUCAACUGCUUCGCAGAUCCUAUGAGGUUUCAGAGGACCCGUCAUUAACUUCUGCAGGAAUAUUAGACCUUGAUUGUCUUUGGAGUUACUGAAAACAGAGUAUACAGACGAAUCUUCUUAGAGGUAGAGAUUUAUCUAGCAACAUUGGGUCUGUUUGUAUUUGUAUAGAUGACUACCCUUUCUCGUUUAAGUAAACUGAAAGAUUUGGAAUCGAAAAUAACACUAGUUUAAGGAUUUUUGUACCAUAUGAAUCGUGAAGUGUAGUACUUUUAUCAGUGAUUUGUAUCUCUAGACUAUUGUUUUCUUAGGUAAGAGGUUUGGGGUUAUUGAGCUUUGUUUGAUGUUAGGAAUAGAUCCCUGAAUUUCAUACAUCUUCAUACAUGUACUGUUUCAUUAGAAAUAUACCAAGUUUGGUUUGGCC